GGCCAAAUUAAAGUGUUACACCAAAUAUUUUCUAUUUCCUCAAUAUGAUGUUUUCGAUUUUUUUAAUGUAUUUAAUAUUUUUUAAUCAUUAAGGGCAUUUUGUUGAAAUUAGUGCUUGGCCAAAUUAGAGUGUUACACCAAAUAUUUUGUACUAUUGGACCAAAAAUAUUUGUGUACUAGAUCAAUGGUCAAUGAACGAUUCAGCAAAAAGCAAACAUAAACUUGAGCGUACCGGAUAACAAUCACUGCAGCUUGUCAUUUUCCGCUUAUAUUUGCUUCCUUCCUCAGUCCUCACUGACGCACUCACUCUUUUUGUGAGUCGCUGAUUCACUGCUCUUGAAGCGGGACUCUGCUGAUAAUCGCCGGUGGACGAUCUCCGCGCGCGCCCUGUCGUCUUCCUUUGUAAGCGUAUUUUUGCCGAUCUUUGCGAUGGCCGACUUCUCUCAUUCUCUUCGACUGUCUGUUUUAAGUUCUCACAGUGCUUUUUCCUUGCCCCAGUCUCUGUAGCCUUCGCGCGUUCUGAUAAUCGCUGCCUGACCUGAGUCUAUCUAACUCGGACGUCUUCACAUUUUCAGGUAUACGAGUGUUUCUAUCUAUUUUUCCGCUGAUUCUUGGGGUCCGAUUGUUGUCUUUCAUCCUGUUUUGCUUUGUUUCUUCAGAAAACCCUUUCUCUAUUCGUCUCUCGCUUUCUCUUUCUAGUUAGGGUUUUAUGGGAUAUGCUCAUUUCAUGAGCUAGUUGUGAGAUACAGGCGUUAUCUCUCCCUCCUUUGGUGUAAUAGCAUGACAGAUCGGUGGACUUUUCUUGUGUGUACUGAUGCACUGCUGUAUUCCGGUUUGGUUGUUCACAUGCGAAGUCGUCCGCGUUGUGUUUUCUUCUUGGGAACAAGUGGGGUACUGUUGGGGAGGAUUGGUUGUUGGUUUUUUCGGGUGGGCAAUGUGCUGCUUACUAUCCUUUGAAGACAAGGAGAAAAAACCUUUGGAAUAGGUCCCUUUGUUGGCUUCCCCGAUGGAGCUGUGACAUCUUUUCUAGGUGAUUUUAGACUCUCAUCACUUGCGAAUAAUCUGGGAAUGUCUUGUUUUGGCACUUGUGUCUUUUGAUCCUCCUUCACUCCUGCCAUAAUUUCCUUGGAAUAUGGCUACAUUGCCUAUUUUCUGCAUUUGCUGCACUUGAAUUGUCAUUCACUUUCUGUGGAGCAGUUGGAACAGUAAACGCUGGCCAGUGGUUGUCUGUCCCUUCUUUGACCAGCCACAGAUAUACUGUGGUGAGUGGCUGGUGGUUGCAUGCAGCAAAAUCAUUGUUUUGAUAUGACUAUUCUUGUUGCACAUUAUUCUUGUGGAUUUGAGACUGUCAAAAGCUCGGAACUACUUAACUAGUACUUUUGCCCGAUUCCUGUUGUGGGGUUAUAGGAAGGUGAAUAUUUUGGUGUCGCAAAGCUCUGAUCUGCACUUUUUAAUUAGUAGGUUGUUUUAUUUUAGUAAUUGAUCAUUAGCUGCUAUAGGUGAUAUCUGACCAUUUAUUUCUGAAUGAUCUCUCAGAUUUAGUCGCUUGCGAGAUGAGUUCUAGGGGAAAGGGUGGGAAGUCUUUUGCUUCUGGUACAAGUUCUACUCCAUCAAACAAGGGGAAGUCAUCAGAUACAUCCGUUCCCCAGUUUGAGCAGUUGAAUCAAGGUGUAGCAGAUAUUAAACUUGAUUCUCCACAAGGUGAUGGUGCCUGGGAGGUCUAUUCAAAGAAGUCUAACAAGAACAAGGCAGCAAAGUCUUGGGGUACACAAAAUUCUAACUCUCAAUCUUGGGGACAGAUGGAUGGGGGACAGCGAAAUAAUGGUGGAGCAAGAAGGGCGACUGCCAAUGCUUGGCCAAAUCAAGCAGUUGAGUCUUCAAGACCAACUGGCAGAGGAAACGGAAAGAAUCAGACGUCCAAUCGGAGCUUGGAGAAUUAUUGGGCAUCUCCACAAGCUGCGGUUCCCCCUCCGCUGACGCAUGGUUGGAAUUGGCAAUCAAGGGCUAGCACAGUGAAAGAGUUGGAAGCGUCACCAGAAAAGGAGCAGUAUGAUACCAAUGAGCAAACUGGUAUUGAUGAAGAAGAUGAUGAAGAUGACGGGGUGUUAGAUGAUAGUGACGAUGAGCUUCUUAGUGAUGAUUAUGAUUCUGAUGUUAGUCAGCAGAGCUUCGAAACCCGUAAAAAGAGCCGCUGGUUUAAGAAGUUUUUUGAUAGUUUGGAUAGCCUUAGACUGGAGGAGAUUGCUGAACCAGAAAGACAGUGGCACUGUCCAGCAUGCCAACAUGGUCCAGGUGCAAUUGACUGGUUCAAAGGUCUGCAGCCCUUAAUGGCUCAUGCUAGAACAAAAGGGGCGAAACGAGUAAAGCUACACAGGGAGCUUGCUGAACUUCUGGAAGAGGAGUUGUCCAGGAGGGGUACUUCUGUUAUUCCAGCUGGUGAAGUUUUUGGCAAAUGGAAAGGGUUGAAGGAGGAAGAGAAAGACUACGAAAUAGUCUGGCCUCCUAUGGUUAUCAUUAUGAACACAAAGCUUGAUAAGGACGACAAUGAAAAGUGGCUGGGCAUGGGCAACCAAGAGCUUCUUGAUUAUUUUAGAUCAUAUGCUGCUGUUAAGGCCAGACAUUCUUAUGGGCCCCAGGGUCACCGUGGCAUGAGCCUCCUCAUCUUCGAGGGCUCUUCAAGGGGUUAUUUUGAAGCGGCACGCUUGGACAGGCAUUUUGCUGACCAGGGAACAGAUAGGAACGCGUGGAAUAAUCAAAGGCGAAACUUGUUUUAUCCUGGUGGCAAGAGGCAGCUGUAUGGUUUCAUGGCAACAAAGCAAGAUAUGGACAUCUUCAAUCAGCAUUCUCAUGGUAAGGCUAAGCUGAAGUACGAUAUGAGGUCAUACAAUGAGGUGGUGGUGCGAGACUAUAACCAAGUCUGCAAUGAUAAUGAGCAGCUUACAUUUUACAAGACCAAGGUUAUAAAAGAACAGAGGAAUUCCAGAGCUCUUGCUGAAUCUCUUGGCACUGUUAGUGAGAAGCUGCGGAAGACAAUGGAGGAAAACCGUAUCGUAAGAGAAAGAACCCAGAUAUAUCAUGAACAGAACAAAGAAGAGUUGGAUUUCCAAGAAGAGUUCUUCAAGGAUCAACUCAGAAUCAUCCAUGAAGAAAGGAAGGCAAAGGAAGACGACUUUGAGAAUCGACAGCAGGAGGAGCGCAAGAAGGUGAAAGACCAAAGUUCCCACGGGAAGGAGGAAUACAGAAACAGGGUGGAUGAGCUCUCAAAGUUCAUUCAGCUUCAGGAGAAAGAGAUGGAGGAGUUUGUGGAUGAGAGGGAUAAGCUGGUGAAACUACACGAGGACAGAAUGGCUGCUAUGAGGCUCAGACACUGGAAGGAAGAAGUUGAUUUGGAGAAAGACUUUGAUUCCCAGCUGGCCAAUCUCAUGAAGAAGUACAGCCCGGAUGGGAACACCCAAGCAUGAGAUAUGCCUUGGGGUGAGAGGAGAGCGUCUCACGAUUUGGAGCGGCAUAGCUAUUAGUAGUAAGUAGUAGUAAAAUCCCAGUUAGGAGCGCAGGUAAGUGGACGGAAGUAGUGGUUGCUUCAUUCCUUUUGUUGAGGGGGAGCGAGCGAGCGAGGUAAUGUGCUUGUUUUGAUGAACGGGUAAAAUGACGAACUCGUGGUACCUGUGGCCUGACGCUUAAAGAAAGGAGAGACCUUGCUAGUUAUGUGAACGCUUUGUCGAAGCUGGGCGCUUCUCGUUCUCGGUGAUUGCUGCAAUUUGCUUUAGCUAAUACCUUCAGCUGAUAGAUAGGAUCAGUUCAGUCCUUUUCUUUACGAGUAUUGAUCCCUUUUUCCCGGUACCUUCUUUUGUUGGAUGCAGCUGCAAGAGAAGUUGGACACUUAGCGGGAUGGUUUGGGCUUGAAUUGGUAAACUCGAAAUACAUCGAGUUAAAAGGCUUUAAAACAAUUUGAUGGCAUAGUGGCUAAGGGUGUGAAUGCACAAUGGCACUAAGGCUUGGAAACUAGAAGGAUCGAACGAACGAGUCGAUUAUGCCAUAUAUCAAAAGGAAGAUUAGUAGUGCUAUAGAAAACAUAACAAACAACAUACGGAGAUAGAGAACCAGCCAGGGAAGAAGAAAUUUAGAGGUGAUACAUUCAUAUUUUUAUUUAAUUAUAUUAAUCAUUCUUCGGGAUGGAGGAUCCUGAAUUAAGAGAAUCGAUAAAAAAAGGUAAAACACAUUUGGUUUGACCAAGUUACUAAUGACACCAAAUUACAGGUAACAUUAAGAAUGCACAUAACAUCAUGCAAUAGUGAGGUGGAGAACACAUUAAUAGUACCUACAAUAGUAACCUUGACAUGACUAUCAUUAGGGAAAGACAAACAUAUUCAAUAUUGCCUGAUGGGAACUAAACAAUUGUAAGACAAAAUUGGCGUGGUCUAUAACACUACCAUCUAAAAUCUAAACGACUGAUUGGUGAUACAUAAAAUAUAUGAUUUUAUCACCUAAAUUUUACAUAAUUUCUUUACAACUUUAUUCAUUUUAAUUUGAAUUUACUUGAUAUUUGCUCAAAGGUACGAUUGAAAGACUCUAGGUGUGUUACUAUACAUUUGAUACUUUUUGGGUAGUUUUAGAUAUUUCAAGCCAAGCAAUCGUAGAGGUCCAUUCCAUCAUGGCAUGAAAUAGGACAAGAAUACGAGCAUUUGGGAUAAAAUGGAAGUGGCUUUAGAGGUUGGACGAGUGAGAUAUCGCCCAAACAAGUUGAUGAGCCUAAUCAGACAGAGCCCGUUUCUGUAAGGAUCCAGAAAAUUUCAGAAUCGUGUGAAUAAGCUUUACUUGGAUCCCCAGCAAGAUAUAUCUCGAAGAUAUUCCGUCUGGAAAUGUUUUCUCCUAGAAAAUCUCUUGAAAACCCCUAUUUGGAGUCUAUAAAUAGACCUCUUGUGCUCCAAUUGACACACAACUUUACAGAAGGGUUCAUUUUUCUCUAGAGGAGCUCCAACUAAAAUUCGUCCAGAAUUUCGAAGGUUCAGAAAAUGGUGCCAAAAACGGCGGCCAUGACGCCUAUUUUUGGAAAUCAUGUAUAUUCUCUCGCGAAUCGAGGUAUCUUUCAAUUGUUGUCUUAUGAGUGGCUAGAUCCUUCUGUUGUGCAGGUUUGUGAAUCGUACCUGUUCUAAAAAUUGUUAUUUUGUUGGAUUGAUGAUAGUAUAGUAUGCUUGAGUUGUUUUUUUUAAUCCUUAUCGUUUAUUGGCAUUGAUUAUGUUACUUAUUCGUGCUUCAUAUGAAAAAGAUUGGAAACGAUUUUCUUUUGUUGUGAGAUCACCAAGGCUAAUACAUGUCUAGUGAAUCGAUUAUAAAGGAUAACCGUGACAACAAUAUUUGAUAUAAUACACGUGCUAUUUCUGGAUCACCUUGCCCUUGUAGUUACAAUAAGUGCAUAGCAUAGGAAUAGCAAGUUAGCAAACUAAUAAAAUGAUAUAGGAAGGUAAAACUCAAUUACAUGUGCUUGAAAGUUGGAACUAUGUAACAAUCUAGAGUCUCUAGGAUGAGUUUUACCUAUAAAAACCUUCCUUAACGGUUUCCCCUUUCUUUACUUUUUAGGGUCUUUAUAUUUCAAAACUUUUAUUAAAAUCGAGAACAACCAAACAUUUUCUAAAGAACAAGUAUCUUAUUGGCUAAUUAAGCGGACAUAAGACGCCUUGUGGGAAUACAAUUCUGGUUAUCAGUCAUGUUAAUUUGAACCAUAUCUAUAGCUGAUCAAAUUUUGAUGAUGUUGGUGGAGACUCUCGCGAUCCUUUGGAGAAGGAAUGAAGUACUUGUUCUUUUACUUUUUUUUUUUUUUUUUUUGUGUGGUUGUUUAGAGUCUUUUAUUUUAGUCAUUUGUGUACAUUUCCUCUUUUUGUUUGUAUUCUGCUUCUGUUUGCUCGCAAAUUAUUUUUUUAUAGUCUAUUAUCAUUUUUAAGUUCGAACACAAAAUGCGUAAAAUUGACUGUUAAGUCGAUAAUUUUAGCAAAAUUUUGUGUUCUGACAACAUUAUUUAGAAACUCUUUCACUUGACAGUUUUUGUGGAUAAGCCCUGCAUGAACCAGAGACAUAACACACAAUUCAAUUCAGCCAACUUUGAAACAUAAGCACGAUUACAUGUAAAUUUCGUACAGAUUCAAGAAUUAAAACAAAUCGAUAAGAAUUUAGCUCUCCUCCUCCAAUUCCAACAAUUUGAGCCCCUUUUCGUUUAGAUCUCUGACUCCAUCACGACUUACAUCGGCACUCUUGAUACUACCCGGUUCAGGGUUAUGAAAAAUAACAGUCCAUGUGUUGGAUGUGACAUCAUAAAACACCCCAGUAGGCAAUUCAACUAAAAGGAUACGUGCUAGUUGCUACAUGAUAAGGCAUCCUAUAAAAAUGCGAUUAGGAUUGGUGAUAAGGAAAGGAUGGAUGGAGCCCAGCAACAGCAACAGCAAGCAAGCCGGGUCCAUCAAUCAGUCACACUAAGGGUAGCACGUGGAGAGUGUUGUGAAAAAGCCAUUUCAAGGGCCCAGGAAUCAGGCCCAGUCCAGGAAUCAAAUGCCCCCUCCUCUCCUCCAUUGUCGCUUGCAUCCAUUUUCUUUCACGAAAACCAUAGCAUAGAUUUAAUUCACGACAUUCAUCGUGUUAAGAUCCAGCAUAAAUGUCAUGAUAAAUUCCUUUGAAAAACCAAACUACAUUAUUUACAUUUUUAAUCGAUACAACUAAUAAAAAAAAAAAAUAAAAGGUGAAGAGAGUCGUUUGGAUGGAGUAUUUGUAUGAGUUAUUUGAGUUUAAAUAACUCGUUUGACAACAUUUUACUGAAACGAGUUAUUUGGACAGUGAGUUAUUUACAAAUAACUCAAAACGAGUUAUUUGACAUAACUCAUACUCAUGUGUUAUUUCGACCAAACGAGUUAUUUUAUUUCAUGGUUCAACCAAACAAGAUACUUUAUCUCAAUUACCACUGAAAUAACACAUGAACAAUAAAUGAGUUAUUUGACUCUACAAAUACCUCAUUGGCAAUUAACCCAUCCAAACGACCCCUAAGUGUUUAAUAGUUGCGGCUAUUAAAGGCUCUCAAGAAUCCAUGAGUGCAAAUACUUCGAGUUGUUGGGAAAUGUCCAAUUAUGUAUCAUAUAUCAUUUACUAACACAACCCCUCAAAUGAAAGUCGACCUAUUUGAGAUUGAGGUUGCACAAUUUUGAAUACCUCGUGCUUAAUCUUUAUAAAAAAAGGUUCCAAUAUCAUGUUAAGAAUCAAUUUAUCUCAACAAAUCGUAAUCUGUCUAACGUAAAGGAAGGGAUCAGAUUCGUUACAUGUAGAAUCUGGCCAUCACCAACUCAUACAUAUGGCCAGUUGCCUCUGUUUUUGCCUUUCCGUCCAUGUGCAUGUGGUCUGCUAGUGCUACACAUGUAAGCGCCAUGAUUACUGAACUGCUGCUGCUUUCUUUUCUCACACCCAAUUUACAGCUAUACAGAUAAUCAACAUAUUGACCCCAGCUCAUGAUCAGGAGAUGGAAAUGAAAGUACACAUCUAUCUACCGUGCCCAUGACAUUCCAUUCCCUCUGCUCGCCGCCCAUAUAUAUAUAUAAUAUAGUACAACUCAUUCUUCAUCAUUACCAGCAAAACCAUUCUGUUCUCCACUAAUUAAUGACGUACGAUUCUUAAUUAAACAGCCUCUUUUUCCAUUAUAAUAACCUGUAUACUGGAAAGUUUCAACCAGUUUGGUAAGGACACAGGUCAUGGUAUAUAUAUGCUUCAUUAAACAAACUUUUCCUUACCCAUCAGAAACUCGUAAGUCUUAAGUAUGAUAGAGAUUCAAAUUUAUGACGGUACACCAAAAGGAUGAAUUUAGUGAAUACAUGAGCGUCACAACAACAUCGAUAAACAUUAUGUUAUGGGACAAUCCAAGUACCAUAUAUCGAAAAUACAAAGGGAAGGAACCCUUGUAUAUAAGCGUCCACCAAGCUCAUUAGUACGAUGCCUUUUGGGGAGGACACCCAAGAGUAAAACCGUGCGGGCUUGGCCCAAAGCGGACAAUAUCGUACUAAUUGAGCACCCCAAUUAUACAAGUGGUAUCAGAACCUGGUUCAGUUAGGGGCGGUGGGCAUAAGUUUGGUGGACCCUCAUUCGGUGACCUCGGGAUUUGUGAUUCGCGUAUAUUUGGUGGAUCCAGGAGAGAUCGACGUUUGGGCUUGGCGGAUCAAAGAGAGUUUCGCAUUUGGGAAGCAGAUCAAAGAGAGUUCUGAGUCUGGUAAAGUCCUUGUACCGAGAAGCGCAUCGAUACAAUGCGUUUGACGAAUCAAGAUAAUCGCUGAGGUGAGAACACGAAGUUCGUGGUCGUUGUCUUGAGGGGAGGAUUGUUAUGGGACAAUCCAAGUACCACAUCGGAAAUAGGGCUGUCAAUGGGUCAGGUUGGGUCAGGUUUUGCCAAACCUAAACCCACAUUCAUGGGUUUAUUCGUGAAAAAAUACCAGGGGUAAAACCCACUAAUUUUGGAAAACUCAAACCAAACCCAACCUGUUUUGAAAGCUAUAAGUCUCAAAUGAAAAACUACUACAUUGGUAGUUUUACUCUUAUGAUAUGUGUAUAAGAAUAUGAUCCUCUCUCCUAAGGGCAUGCCCCUUGCCUUGAGGUGACCCACUUUGUGGGAGAGGGAGGACCUAACGGACCACCAAACACGCGCGCGCGCCGUCCGUUCGACCCGUCGUUUGGGUGGGUGGGUGGGUCUUGAUUGAGACUAAUAUUUUUUUUUUAUAAAAAUUCCGAAAUUAAUUAUUAAUUAAUUAAUUAUGACUUGAUUAUCCUGUAUUCUUAACAGAUACGAAAAUAAUCAUUCAAAAGGAAUAUUCGAAGGAUAAUUAUGUCAGGAAUUAUCUUAUAAACGCAUUUUAAUUAA